AUCGUUCUGCGAUCUGCGACUUCAAUGUCUGUGAUGUCUAUUUUCAAUUAAUUUUCCACUGAAGAAGCUAAUCAUGUUAAGUUAUUCAAUCCGCAAAUAUUAAAGAUAGCGCACUAUUUUACUAAGUCUUGUGACAAAGAGGAAAUAAUCUACGUUAUAGACGAAAACGGAAUCACAAAAUAUUGAUUGUUGCCUAUCCAAUGAGAUGACAAAAUGAUGUCAAGUGUGUUUUAAUUUAUCAUUAAAAACUUGCUGUUAAACCUAAUCGGUGACCAAAUCAAACGGAAUGAAUUUGGAUAACUCUUCUAGAGAAAACUCCGAAGCAUUAGAUUCCAUCGGUACAGUGAGCCCUCGGGAGAAGUGUCACGGAAUGAGGGAGAAAAAGUUAUCGACGGCGUCACUCACGAACACCGAGGGGGCGCGGCCGAAGGUGGUGACUGUGAAGCAUCCCGAGUCCAACAAGCCCAAGCCCACCGCCAAGAAGAACAAGCCCAUCCAAGCCGAUCUCGAUGUUAUCAAAGAAUUCGUGCGAUGCCGAGAAGAGGGGGUGCGCAGACUCGAUCUCAGUAAGUCGUCUAUCACAUCUCUGCCUCCAAAUGUCCGCGACCUGACUCACCUGGUCGAGUUCUAUUUAUAUGGAAAUAAGCUGGUGGCCCUACCAGCAGAGUUUGGGUGUUUAACUAACCUUCAAACAUUAGCAUUAAAUGAGAACUCACUGACCAGCCUGCCAGAUUCCCUCGCUAAUUUACGAUGUUUGAAGGUUUUAGACUUACGUCACAACAAACUCAGUGACAUACCUGAAGUUGUAUAUAAACUUACUUCACUUACUACAUUGUUCUUACGCUUUAAUAGAAUCAGAGUGGUUUGUGAUGGCAUAGCCAACCUAACAAAUCUUACUAUGUUGAGUUUAAGAGAAAAUAAAAUUAAGGAGCUAAGUUCCGGUGUUGGAAAACUCGUUAAUCUGGUCACCUUUGAUGUGUCCCACAAUCAUCUGGAGCACCUGCCCCAGGAAAUUGGGAAUUGUGUAAACUUGUCCACUCUAGACCUACAACACAAUGAUCUCCUAGAUAUACCUGAAACUAUUGGGAACCUCCAGUUGCUGACACGCUUGGGCUUGCGCUACAAUAGAUUGACGGCCAUACCUUCCACUCUAAGCAAUUGCAAACAUAUGGAUGAAUUUAAUGUAGAAGGUAAUUCCAUAUCUCAACUCCCUGAAGGUCUCCUUUCUUGCCUCAAUGAACUCACCAGUAUCACUCUAUCCCGUAACUCAUUUGCUAGUUACCCUGCCGGAGGACCUGCACAGUUCACUAAUGCUUUCUCUAUUAACUUGGAACACAAUCAAAUUGAUAAAAUCCCAUACGGUAUAUUUACAAGGGCUAAGAAUUUAACAAAGCUUAAUAUGAAAGAAAAUUUAUUGACCUCGCUGCCACUAGAUGUUGGUACAUGGGCCAACAUGGUGGAGCUCAACCUGGGCACUAAUCAGUUAACAAAGCUACCUGAUGACAUACAGUGUCUUCAGAACUUGGAAGUGCUUAUACUCUCUAAUAAUUUGUUAAAAAGAAUUCCCCCUAGUAUUGGGAGUCUUCGAAAAUUGCGGGUUUUAGAUUUGGAAGAAAAUAAGCUUGAAGUGUUGCCAAAUGAAAUAGGAUUCCUCCAGGAUUUGCAAAAAUUAAUAGUACAAUCUAAUCAAUUGACAACCCUGCCUCGCUCACUUGGGCAUUUGACUAACCUGACGUCACUGAGUGUGGGGGAGAAUAAUUUGCAGUAUUUACCAGAAGAAAUUGGCACUCUUGAGAACCUAGAGUCGCUAUAUUUAAAUGACAAUCCCAAUUUAUGCAAUCUGCCAUUUGAACUGGCUUUGUGUGUUAGUCUACAAAUCAUGAGUAUUGAGAACUGUCCAUUAACUGCCUUGCCCCCUGAGGUGGUGUCCUCUGGCCCGUCCCUUGUCAUCCAGUAUUUGAAGUCCCAGGGUCCAUAUAGGGCAAUGUGAUAUCAAGAUGAUUGUUUACCAGCCAGUGAGGGCACUUAAACUUCACUUAUAUUCGAGGGGUAAACUUCCAGGCAAGUUCUAAGUAAAAAUGUAUACUCAAAAGUCAAAAUCCUUUUUAUGGUUUCAAAACAUGUUUUAUUGUAAUAUAACAGCAACAUUAUUAUGUAGUAUUAACUGUUAGGAAUUUUCUAAUAACAAUAGGUAGUAGGAAAUCAAAUUUUAUAUACAUUUCCUUGAUUAAAUAAUUCCAAUAUGAACUACCUAUGUAUGAUUAAAUUGUUUCGAGCUUCCUUGAUAAUAACAAAUAGUUAUGUUAAGCAUUAGAUCUUCCCAAGUUACUGUUUAUUAUUUUAAUAUGUGUAAUAAAGACACAGAUACGUUAUACCAUUUUAAAUCAUGUUGAUCAAUGUAUAUAGAUAUUGUAUUUUUUAUUUAUAUGAUAAUUUUAAAAUGUUAUUUGUCUAAGCAAACAAUAAAACAUUUAUAUAUCAUUUAUGUAAUUGCAAAUGAAAUUUCUUGUUACAUAUUAUCAUUAUGUAAGCACAAUUAUCACGCUGCGUCUUACGUAAGCGAACAACUCGCGAACGCGAAGCGGCACGGCGCGGUGGGCCCACGGCGUUCGCGUUCGCAAAGAGAUCGCCCACUUCUAUAGUGUAUCAAAGCAUUGAUUCAUCCCGCGCCGGCCUCGCCGCGCCGCUUCGCGUUCUCGUGUUGUUCGCCGUAGUACGCUGCGUUAGUUUCAAUCAAUUUAUAUAAACCAGUAAGCAAAUGUCGAAAUAAUGAAUAGAUAACAUGCUGCAAAACUCUUAAAAAUAAUUUUAUCUUUUCUACAGGGCUAUAAGUAUGAAGUUUUGUAGCAUUUUAACAUCAUGAUGUCAGCAUCUGCAAAUAGCUCGUGAAAGUAUGUUAAUAAUGUGAUGAGUCAUGCAUAAUUGUGAAGUUCUUAUUGAUCUUCCCUUAGUAAUAUGUUUUAACCAGCCGGAUCUCAACACUGUCAUGUGUAGCAUAAGUUUGUAAAGAUCAUUUUGUUUACUGAUAGAAGUACAUUACAUAUUAAGUGUCAUAGUAGAACUUGCUCAUGUUUGUAUAGCUAUAUUUGAUGCUUUUCGAUAGUACUGUACUGUCUAUAUUAAACAGCAUUUGAAUUAGUUUAAGAUCCCUUGGUAUGAUGGUAGAUAGCAGGAAAUGAGCUUAAAUUUUUAUUUAAAUAUUAUCUUUAUACUAAGUUAGUUGAGGUAUUUAUUGAUUUUUUGUCACAAUUUAUUUGUUGUGAAGUUGUGUACUAUUAUAAAUGUCGAUAGGUGUGCUGUCCUAUUUUAUAUUGCAUUUAUUUUCGUAUUCAUUAUAGUAAAUACUAAAUACCUACUACUUUAAUAUAGAUUAUACUUAGAUGUGUAUAUGACAUCUUGUUAAGAAUAAAUUCAUAUGAUUUGUGUAGAAUGGUAUUUAGGUAAGGACAAUGAGUUAUCAGAUCACCUAAAUGAAAUGGAAAAUAUACAUAAACAACCAAGAUACCGAAAUUGAAUACCGGUUUAUUUCUAUGAAAAAUAUACCGGUAUUCGUUCCCUAGUUUUAUUUGCUAUUAUCUUUACCAGCUUUACUCGCUCUCUUGUCCACAGCGUGAAUGCGCACGUUAUGGUAAGACAAAAUAAAUUACAGUUGUGCAUUUGGUCACAUCUUGCUUUAAUUUCAAUAAUAUACUAUGUUAGAUAUGAUAUAAAUUUUAUACUAGUCAUUGAGUUUUGGGUCUAUAAGAAUAUAAAAUUAUUUUAUUACUACUACUGAAAACGCAUGUUUGUUGUACUGUACACUUGCUGGAGAAGAAAGUACCAUCAUCAGCACAUUUUUGACACUGGAUGAGUCUGAACAUGUUAGGUAGGUACCUUAUUCCAUGGCAACAGGGUUGAAACUGUAAUUUCGUCGAUCGAACUGUUGUAGACACUAGGGGUGUUUAAGCGAGUCCAAUUUUGAAUCUUAGAGGUCAAAUGGGUGCCAUAUUUACCCUAGGGCUAAAAAGAGCCAUGGCCCUGAGGCGGCGGCCUGUCAGGGUUAGCGCAAGACGAACCUCGCUGUCAGUUUCGGGUGGUUAUAGGUUGUCCAACCAUUAUAGGCCUAUGGCACCUACGAGUAUAAUCUUUAAAAAUAUGCCACUGUUAUGUUAAGUAAUGCCAAAAAAUCCCUUCGCAUUUGCCAAUACAGGUCACUUCAUCUCUUUAGAUUUCUGUAAGUACUGAAGUAUGCAACAUGAGUACCUAUUUGGGCAAAUGGGGCGAAGAGUAGUGUCAACAUAAACACCCUCACCGUUUCGUGUUUUCUCAAAUAAACCCUAAGGAUAAAAUCUAAGGAUUUAGGUAGUUACCGGAUGAUUGUUCUCUUAAAUUGUGCUCUAAUUGCAUUUAUAGUGUUAUUUUUAUUCCUAUUGGGUCUAGCAAUUACAAGCAUGACAUUGUUUCGAGGCUAUUUGUUUUCUCGUGUUUAGAAUGUAUACUUAGCCAAUAUAUAUAAUCCAAUGCAAUUAUAAUUAGAGAAAAUCGAUACGCAUAUUUUGUUCAAGACCGAAAUACUGACUUCCAGUAGUAAUAUGUUAUUAGAACGUAUAUUCUCUGGAUGUUUCAAACAGUAAAUGUUUACAAUUAAUAAUUAAGACAAUUAAGAUUUCAUGAAAUAAAUAACUUUGCUUUGAUCCAAAAUUUUAUUAGGGAAGUGCCCUGUUACAAAGAUCUUCAAAUAAAACUGGUUCUAAUAAUGUUGAUCCGUGUGUAGGUAACAAUGUUUUGAAUUUAUGUAAACAUGAUUAUAUUAUAUAAAAUAAAAUAUGAUUA